CAGUCACAAUCAUUGAAGCCAUACUUAACAGCAGUCAGAUCGUCAUUGACUGCUGCGAUAUGUUUAGAAGACUUCUCGUCCCAGUUGGUCGAAAGACAUAACAGACCGGAAAUAGAAGUAGAUAACACCCACAACCCAGAAUUGAUAUUAAACCCCAUGGUGAUUGCCAGAAACGAAAACGAAAAGAUCCUCAUCGAACCAUCCAUCAACUCCGUGAGAGUAUCUAUCAAAAUCAAGCAGGCUGAUGAAAUAGAACAAAUCUUGGUUCACAAGUUCACCCGGUUUUUAACCUCGAGAGCUGAGAAUUUCUUCAUAUUGAGAAGAGUACCAAUAAAGGGCUACGACAUCUCAUUUUUGAUCACCAAUUUUCACACAGAACAGAUGUUGAAAGACAAGCUCGUUGAUUUCAUCAUUGAGUUCAUGGAGGAUGUUGACAAAGAAAUCAGUGAGAUGAAGUUAUUCUUGAAUGCUAGAGCAAGAGUCAUUGCCGAAUCAUUCUUGACUCCAUUUGACUGA